GUACGGAACAUUAUUAUCAUCGAUGUUUUAUCUGUGGGGGAUUUUGGUGGAGCUUACCACUGCCAUGUUCUGUUGUGGCAGACUAGAGGAAGAAGAGGAUUCGAUGGCACAAGGCACUGCGAGGCUAAAAACAGGAAAAGAAAAACGUUUGACAGAAGCGAAAGGCGAGGACGAGCGUGGCGGCGUGUCGGGUGUGAGAACGACUGUGCAAGGCGGCCGGCUGACAGACAAGGCGCAGGCUCAGCGACAUCGGCAGCAGCAUCACACUACCACACCACCUCCAGAGAUUUCACAUAAAGCAAGUGAGCAGCCUUCUAAGUCACAUAGCACUUCCAGCUCUAAAGGGCAGGAGCGUCAAUGCGGAGGAAAGAGCUCUGCUAGCACCACUCCCCCAAAAGACCGUAAAAGCCGGGUUCGGACAAGCUCUGCCAGCCCCAAAGCCAGUCCACGACACGAAGGACGCGGCAACCGAGCUCCCAAUAAUGGAGGCUUUGAGAUGGGCAUAAAGAAAUCCGAAAUCAUGGAUGAUUCAUCAGUAGUUCAGACUGUGGAAAUUCUGAAGCGGCCAGGCCAGACAUUGGGAUUUUACAUUCGCGAAGGCAAUGGCAUGGAUAGGCAAGAUGGAGUGUUCAUAUCACGCAUUCAGAUGGGAACGGUUGCCGAGAGCAACGGCCUGUUACAUGUAGGUGAUGAGAUUCUCACUGUCAAUAAUGUGACCGUUACAAAAAUGUCUCUAGAUGAUGUGGUUAUACUUAUGUCUAUUCCUAAAAAAUUAGUUCUGACUAUCCGCACUAAGAAAAACUGCAAUAAAAAUGCAUCAUGCCCAGCUCUUGCCAGCACAGACAUCGAGGAACAGCCACCUAUUGUUGUUCUUAAAAAGGGACGUUCCAGUUCAGCCACCGCACUGGAAAUGACAGAAAAAUGUCCAGAUGACUACAGUACAACAUCUAGUCCUAAUCAGCAGCGGGAUUACAGUUCAGCUUACACACAAACCCCACCCAAAAAAGAUCCGGCUCCACCACCGCCUCGUAGUUCCAAGCCGCCAUCAUAUGCCAGUAUAUUUAUUUCACCUCAGAGAGCUGAAGCACGAUUGCUACGAGAUGAUUCGGUGGACAGUACUGUGUCUAGCCAUACCAGUGAGGGGUCGGUGGUUCGUGGUGCUCAGCAUAUAAGAGACCAGCCUUAUGUAGGUAGAUACGGGUGGCACACUGUUGAUAUUAAUAUAGACUCGCCCCAGACUUCAGGAUCAGGGGCAGGGGCUCAGUCCGCUCAUUACCAUAGCGACACUGCAGCAGGUGACCGUGAGUACUUGAAGUAUUCUCUGGGAGAGGGAGGGUAUCGCAAGAUGCCACCUCGCUCGGCAAGUUUGAGUGGACGGACAACGCACAUAUCUCCAGACUACUCCUCUGAUAGUGAAUUGAGGGCGUUGUAUGGUGAAUCCUAUGCAAAUGUCCACGCAAUCAGGGAUUAUGCUUCUCACAAAGGAUAUUACGAUGCGGAACGUGAUCGAGGGCGAUCGCAGGAUAAGGCGCUGCGUGGAUUGUUACAUGCCAAGACGAAAUAUGGUCGCUUACCUAGAAGUCAUUCACCAGAGUGUUACAACUCCGAUUCUGAAGUUGCUGCCUAUCUGCAGUCUCGACGUGCAGACCCACGGGGAUUUGCAUCAGACCAUGAGACUUACACGGGCGCAGGCGGUUUUACCAGUACAUCCAGUGAAUACACUGACCAGGAUGACAAUGACGUUAUCUACUCUAUACCUCGAAUUCCCGCUAGCAGUAGCUCAGAAUUGCAACAACUUCUACAAAAGUUUAACACUCUCUCACAAGAACUGCAGCAAGAGCAGAGCAAACUUCAACGGCAGCUCUCAGCUAAAAAACAAAGAGUUCCUUUAUCACUGCCUCGUUCAUCAGGAACCCCAUCUGACACUGAGGAGUACAGCUCUGCCACCUUAUCCGGGGCUUCCACGCGCGGGUCCCCAUCACCGUCACGGCGAGCCACUUCCGCACAAACCACUGCCAGCACCCUACAACCGCGCAUGGUCCGCAAGCACAGUGCCGACUCCCUGCUGAGCUACAUGACUUACCAAAUGGAGGAUCGCCUGGAUUCAUCUCAGGAACAACAUCAACAACAACAUCCACAACCACACAAAACCAAGUCUGUGAUGCAGUCUCCUAAAGGAGGUCGGGUCAGCAAAUCGUCCACAGUUGGUGCUCUCUCUCCGGACAAAACUCGCAUGUACGACACAGAUGGGAAAAGUCUGGCCAAGUCGGUGUCAAGAUACAAGGAUCUCUACCUGAUCAAAAAGCCCCUUCAGUUGGAUUAUGAGGAGUAUGAACCGUACAAGGCUGACCUGCGUAAGCGUCUGGAACUGGAUCGCAUUGCCGGCCUGGAUGGAAUGCUGGGAGUGCACAUUCUUACAGGCCAAGGCCUCAAAUCCUCCAGGACAACUCUGCGAGACUUAUACUGUGUUGUGGCCAUUGACAACGAAAACAAAGCUCGGACUAUGAUUCGAACUGGUGCUGUCAAUUUCGAUUGGGAUGAAUGUUUUGACCUAGAAUUAGACAAUUCAAAAGAGCUCUCAUUCCUUGUUUACAACUGGGACCCAAACUUCCGACAUCGCCUGUGUUUCCAUGGAUCUGUACUGUUACCUGGACUGGGGGAAAAGUCACGUAACCAGAAACUCGCAGUCUACAUGGAACCCAAGGGCAUUCUUUAUGUGGAAAUGUCGUACAAAGAACCAGCAAUUUCAUUGCAGCGGUUGCCUUCUCAGAAGAAAAAUGCAUUAUUUGGGGUGGAUUUGGAGACUGUUAUACGCCGUGAAAAUUCUGGCUUGCAGGUUCCUAUUCUUGUGAAAAAGUGUAUAGAUGAGAUAGAAGCCCGAGGCUUGGAGUCCGUAGGCAUUUACAGACUGUGUGGCUCGGCUAAGCGAAAGGCCGAAUUGCGGACAGCCUUUGAAAUAAACCCCAAAGCGGUGGAUCUCUCCCCUGAUCAUGUGUCUGAUAUUCAUGUUGUGACAGGUGUUCUGAAAGACUACCUCCGUGAACUGCCUGAACCCUUGGUGACAAACGCCCUCUAUCAAAUGCUUCUUGAUGCGCUGAGUGUCCGUCUACCAGACGACCCAGACGGGAGCGCCAAACUUAUGCUCAGUAUUCUUGAAUGUCUACCCAAAGCCAACCAGGAUACCAUGUCAUUGGUGCUAAAUCACUUGAGAAAGAUUGCUUCGAAAAGUGAGGCCAACAAAAUGACCGUGUCCAACCUUGCUGUGUGUUUCGGCCCGGUGUUGCUGUGUCCAGCCCCCAGUAGUAUGGCAGCAGCUUCCUUCCCGGUCGAACUCAAGAAACACAUUGAAGUGCUCAAGUACUUGCUGGAGAUCUGGGCAGAUGAUGGCGAUAUGUUGUCAGUGACAGAUCAAGCCAGCGUGUCCUCAGACACUAGGGCCUCUCCCAAACCUCCCUCAGAUGUACCCUCUGUCGGGGGUCAGGAACCGUCAGCCAGUUAAUCAGACAGUGCCACAUGUAAGGCACAGCUCUUCUCACAUGGGUUGUCUGCCCCUGGCUGGGAGAAUCUCGGCCAGGCCUGAUUACAUGCACAGUUGAUGCUCAGUUACAGUGGAAAUAGGAGGUGAUAAACAAGCUGUAGAAGUGUGAAUGUCAACAUACGCUGAUGACGCACAGAUUCAUUCUACUCAAAUCAACUCAGAAAGUGGCUUCUCAGAUUGAUUAACCCCUAUCUGAAUCACCGUCAUGCACAUUUGUGUAAUAAUACCUGAACAACAACAACAACAGCAGAAGAAACUAUGACUGAUUGUUCAUGAGAAUAACAUUUUGUAAAAUGAUCGACUUUGUCAGCUUCCCUAAUUACUGCUGCAUAUGUGUCUUAUCUGUUGUGUUCUGGGACUUGAACAGUUUGGCAGCAUGGUUCAGAUAGCUUUUCAGUUUGCAUUUUCAGCCUGACACAUGAAUUAAGGUAUUACACUGGUGUAUUUAGCCAGUUAAACCAAUUUAUUGUAGUCAGUUCUCAAGUUUUUGGAUGAUUAAAGUCCCUGUUACAAUGUUGACCAUGUGAAUUUCAGCCAGUCAGUGGACAACAUAAUCAUCGUAAUCACUGGAUAGCAUUGUUCCUACUGAGAAAGUCGCUGAAGUCUGGCUGCCAUAUAACUGAAGUGCUGUCAAGCCAUAAUCAUUUUCCACCUGCAGGGGGAUGAGUACAACUGUCGUGAAAGAUGUCAGCAAAUAUUUUAUAUCUUACAAAAGAUAAUAACUGUUGGCAUAAAUUUUGAACCAUAAGGUACAUCUCUUGUCCAUCUACUUUUAACAGAGUAAUAAGCAGCCUAGAGGCCUGUGUGUAUUGAGACGGUGAAAUACUCUGUUUUGCUGAAGGUUGUCUGAUCCUCCAUUUAUUAAUGAGGAGAUUUUCAUACUCAUUCCUUGGAAACAGUUGGCAUGUUUAAUGUAUCCUUCAGAAGAGUCAGUUUUCAUGAUUAAUAACAUGUACUGUUUCAAAUAGGCACGUUUAAUAUUAUCCCAUAAGUAAGACGGAUUUGUCGGAUAUCUUCCUAUGGGAAAUAAGGAUGUGACUGAAGUGUCUCAUACGCCUCUCUAGUCACUGAUAUAUUUGGAUUAGAGCAUCACUGGUUGAUGCUACAAGCACUCUUUUGUUCAUGUUCAUUAAAAGGGAAAACCUGUUUUUGGCUAUUGUUGGCUGAAAUGAAGAAUCCAGACUCUUAUAGCACAGCAAGUAAAUCGUAAAGUCAGUAUUCAAAAGAAAAGUGCCAUUUUUUGGCUUGAAAAUGUGGGUUGUUCUGCUUGUGUCUACACACAGUUUUCUGGUCUCACAAUGAUCACAAACUAUCAUUAAUUUAUUGCAUUUUAAAGUAUUGUUUUUAACUGUAAUGUUUCUUUAUAGGUCUAUUUAUUUGAAGUAGAAUUGCUACACCUAUAUUUGUUUAAAAUAUAUAUUUAUUUUGUUGAUGGUAUUGUUAUUCUAUUACAUAGUUAUUGUAUUUGACAAUUUGAGGUAUAUUAGUUGAUGUUUAUACAUAUGCAGUGUGUUUGUCUGCAAAGCAUUCCAUUUACUGUGGUUUUGAUGGAUUUAUGAGUUUAUGGCAUAUUAAAUUAUAAGAAUAUAUUGAAGUUUAUGUAUAGAAUAUAUCUUUUCAUUUCAGUAUUUUUUGUUUUGUUUUUUUUAUUAAUUUUUUUUCUUUUUCUCAUGGUGAAAAAAUUGAUUUUUCAAUUGCAUUAUUUACACAUUGAACAAUAUUUACACUAGUGAAAUUUAUUUUUUGGAGUUUUUGGCAUUUAUGUAAUCAGUCUGAGAUCUCUAAGAAUGGUUGAUUGAUGAAAUUGGCUGAUUAUUAAAAUCUGGUUUCUAAAGUGUAAUUGCUUGUCCAAAAGAGCUACACUGUAUGAUUAAUCAGAAGAACAGACAGUAUUUGUCAUCACUUACAUGACCAUUUAACAAAAGUUUAGUUGUAUGUGAAUUAUUGUAAUGAUUCAUUCUGAAUUUCUAAUUGACGUAGGAAUUCUUUUUACAUUUGUCUAUCUGAUGAGCUUAAUAUAAUGAAGAACUUUUCCUGUAUAAAAUAAUGCGGGCCAUACUUAUGUAGUCUGUUGUUCGUUUUUGCUUUGCGGUGACGUUUUGUGAGGCAAACGAGGAAUGUAGUACUUAAUCAUUGCAUGAAAAGAAUGGUCAGAUCAGCUUGGAGCCAAGUCGCCACUGCUUGAGAAAAGGUACCUCAAUCUGACCCGCCUUCCAUAGCUGUUGAUUACCAGGCCAUUUGAUUCGUUUUGAUAUCACCCUAGCUUUAGAAUUUUAGAAUGGGCAUAUUUGUAUGUACAUGUAAAUAGAGUGGACAACAAAUCGUGGCUUUCCUAAUGUCCGUAAAGCAGAUAGAUGGGCGUGGCUAAAUCAAGAGUAUUGCCGUAGUCUAUAGAGCAUGAAGCAGUUGAAGGUUUGAAAGAUAAGGACCUAUAACACUGCCAUUUUUAAACUGCCACAGUCAGACAGCCAGGCCACAUAGGGCGGGAAAUUCUGUGUACUUUACACGUAUCCUGAAGUUUCAGCUACGCUUGUUCUCGUACUGCGCAGCUUUUCACAUGUUUAUGUACUGCAUUCUAAGACAUUUUAUCAGACUAUGUGUGUAACCAGACUUGCAGUUUGUAACUGUAUUGAUAAAACUUUAGUUUUUGUAACGAGUCCAAAGUGUCAUAAGAUUCAAAAUCGUAUUAUUUGGGGUCACAAAUUGAAUUAGUUUUUAGUUGUAUGCUCCAUGGUUCCAGAUGUCUUGCUGCAUUUCAUCACUAUGUACUGUUCCAUAUUAUUUAUUGAUGGUGUGGUUUUAAAUUUAGUACACUGUAUAUGAUUGUUCGACAACCUUACAGGAUUCCUCUUCUCAGUCUGCAUAGUUUUUUCAGUCUCAGCAGAAAUGACACAAGCAGUCAUUGACUAAUGGAGGUCUGCAUUAUUUAACUUUCAGAAGCAUGCAAAGGCCCUAAACUGAUAUUUCGGAUGCCCACACUUAGCUGUUUGUGAUAAGAAAUCAAUCAGACUUCUCAAAGUACAAAAAAAGUUAACCUAUGAUUUACAGGUGAAUGAGUCAAUCAGAAAUGUGGCACUGAAAAAAGCUAACUUUGGAUGAAAUACUGUAUUUAGCCAGAAAGGUGUCUGCAGUGAUCAGAUAGCUACCCAAAUUCCACUCAAAACUGGAACUCAGAAGAGUUUGAAAAUGUUCCCAGCACGCGAACAAAUUCUUUCACAGCAGCAAACAUUACUGAUAGACUGCCAACUCACUAGAUGUUACUUGGCUAGCUUGUUUGGUACCCAAAGAAAAUUUUUGGAUUUCAUCAGAGCGUGCAAAUUGUGUGAGUGAAUGAGGUGCCUACUAAUAAGUCAGUCGUGUUGUUCUGGGCUGUAGACCCCUUAAUGCAGUCUCUUAUUUCACCGUCAAACAUCUACGAACUUGUAAGUGCCAAAUAUUGUGGCUAGCCCCAUAUUUUCAUGCCUGGUUUGUACAAAUCCCUUUUCCACACUGGUAUCGGAUCAGAUGUUUCUGGUUAUCAAACAGAAAAUGUAUGCUUUAAAAUUCGAUGUACUUCAGUUUGAUUGUUUGCAGGCUGGAAUGAAGACAUUGUUUGAUGAACUGCUUUUCAGUAGGUUUUUUGCAUUGUGUGCAAAACUUGUUUCGCAACCUUGUGUUCAGAAUCACCUGUUUCUGUGCCUUUUGCGAUAUGUAUUGUUCUGUGGUGCUACUUUAGAUUUUGUUUUCAAAAUUAUUUAUUUACAUGUAUUUGAUGGUAAAGUCUUAGAAAAUUAAGAAGAGUUUCUAUCCAUUGCAGUUGGGUCAUCUUAAAUUUGUUUUGAUAACUGUAGACUGACGACUGUUGAAAGUAAAAAAUCAAAGUGUUGUUUAUCCAAAUUGUAAACAACGAAAAAAAAAUAAUAUAUGGAAUUGUUUAAAAUGUUCCUGUGAGAAGUGAUUUAAUGCGCUGAUCACAGAUGAUGUGAAAUGACUGAAAUACAUAUUGUGUUGUGACGAAAUGAAAUUUUGACCCUGCUAUGUACAUUUGUUUGCAUAGCUGUGAUUGGGCCAGAUAUUGUGUGUCAUGUUUGUUGAUUGGCUUGCUAGGCAGAACUGUGAUUGGAGAAGAAUCCACUAUUCCGAUUGGCUCACAGUUUGUGUAUAUUUCAAUUAACAACAAAAAAAUUGUCUAAUAUAUAUAUAUAUAUAGACAUAUAUGUAUAUAUAUAUACCUAAGUUAAUAGCACUGAUGUAAGUAUAGAGACCUCUCCUUUGUACAUUUAAACUCUAUUCUUGUAAAACAAUAUUCUGUUUCAGAAAACAAACUGGUUUUAAAUUAGUAUUGUGUUAUGCGAACAUUUCAGUGAUUUAUGUUAUCGAUAUGU